AAAAGUAUUCUCAAUACACAACAUACACAAUAAAUGACUCCUCCCGUCCCUACAUACAAGCUUAACAGCGGCUACACAAUCCCUCUCAUUGGCUUUGGCACCUUUGGUGGUGCAGAUGCACCCGAUGCCGUGUACAAGGCUACAAAGGUUGCAUUGAAGGUUGGAUACCGCCACAUUGACACCGCAUUCUACUACGAAACCGAAGAGGCUUUGGGCAAGGCUGUCAAAGAGAGCGGUGUUCCCCGUGAGGAGAUCUUCAUGACCACAAAGUUGUGGCAGACAUUCCACGAGCCCAAGCAUGUACGACCUGCCUGCGAGCUCUCACUCAAGUACCUCGACUUUAAAUACCUCGAUGUCUAUAUGAUGCACUGGCCUAUGGCUUGGGAGUUCAAGGGCUACGAUUUCAAGUCGAUCAAGGUCCGUGAUGAAAGCAACGACAUCAAGUGUAUCGACGUACCAGUUAUCGACACCUGGCGCGAGAUGGAAAAGUUGGUAAAGGAUGGUUUGGUGCGUUCGAUUGGUGUGUCCAACUUCACAAUCCCCAUGCUCGAGGAUCUCUUGAGCAAGUGUGAGAUUCCUCCUGCCAUCAACCAGGUUGAAGUCCACCCCAACAUGCCACAGGAAGAGAUGCUUGCUUACUGCAAGUCCAAGAACAUUCUCGUCACAGCCUUUUCUCCUCUGGGUAGCCCUGGAUUCCCUCAGGGUGGUCAGAUCAAGACCCUCGAAGAGCCAGUUAUUUUGGAAAUCGCCAAGAAGUACAACAAGUCUCCUGUGCAGGUCAUGAUCAACUGGGGCGUUAACCGUGGCUACGCAGUCAUCCCCAAGUCUGUAACUCCUGAGCGCAUCCAGGCCAACCUCGAGUACUUUAAGAUGGAUCCCGAAGAUAUCGAAAAGAUCACCGAUAUCGGUCGCAAGAACCGCGUACGCACCUGUGACCCAGUCUUUAUGUUUGGUAAAUCAAACGAUGUCUUCCACGAACACGACAAGAAGUAAACAAAAACGAAAAACCGAAAAUAAGAUUAUGAACCAGCUUAAGUGUAAAUAUAAAAAUGUCAAGGUCUCUGAGCAUCAUCUGGUAAUGCAAUGGCCAUUGAGUUUCAGUUUCAGUUUCUUAUCGAAAUUCUUUAUAAUAAUAAAAACUAUAAAAAAAAUAAACCAAAUCCCAAAACAAAA